AUGAUGCAAUUUAUUUUCCGGACUGUGUGUGCUGUUUUCAUGCUGGUGGCUGUAGCCCAGGCACAGUUCAACUUCUUCGACCAGAUGUUUGGGGGCAACCAACAACAGCACCAUCAACAGGGCCCCCAAGAUGUACCCAGCGACAGUAGUCGGUACCAGAACUCGUGGCUUCAAGCCCAAUGCAGCAACUACCUUUGCCCUGGAACCCUCGCCUGCGUGAGCGUCCCGCAUCAUUGCCCAUGCCCACACCCCGAAGUCGAAGAAAAGGUUGAACUUGGAGAAGGCAGUGCGAUCUGCGUGUCCAAGGGAGGAUUUAAGGCAGGCGAGGCUUUACGGAAGAUCGAACUGGCUCGCAAGGGACUGCUGUGA